AUGAAACCUGUUUUCGUCUCAUUCGCCUUCCUGGUUUUAUGUGUUGCAUUGAACUCAGCAGCGUUCGCAAAACGAUUUCCAUCCAAUGAUGAGAGCGACGACGAACUUGCUUUGGCAACUCGAAACAACUUUGGUGAAACGUGUACUCGUGUUUCAGUAUGUGACAACUAUUUGGUUGGCACUUGCCGAAAACGCGAUCAAAGCUUGUUGGUUUCAGCUCUCGACUUGACUCGAGUGAUGGCAAACAUUGAUGGUGAACUAAAACUCCGCCGACGAACAUUAUCUGAUGACGAAGCACAAGAAGUAAGAAGUGAAAUGCGACGACGUGGUUCGGAUUAUCAACUCACCUGCAAAGACUAUUCAUUCAAAGGCACAGUUUUGAGUGCAACAUGUCAACAAAGAAACGGUCAAUGGAAGCCAACAAGCAUCGACUUGAAUUCUAAGAUUAGCAACAUUGAUGGUCAAUUGACUUAUGAUGUUUAA